GUUAUCGACCAUUAAUGUUUGAUUGAAAAAUAUAAUAAAUAAAUAUAUAAGGAAAGAAUAUAGGAAAGAAAAAAGAAUAACAAAGGGUAGCAAUGGAUUCAUUGGACCACUGUGAAUUUAUGGUGAUAAACAAGACCUUUUUAUGGGAAUAACAUAGACAUAGUAUAUAUCUGAGUCAAAAGCUGGCAGGAUAUGUAUUCUCGUAUGCUAUGUUUGUUAAAUAGCGGGAAAUCAGAUAAAACUUGCGGGUGGCAAGCCAAACUGCAAAUCUUUUCUCUCCAUAUUUAUCUGAUCUAUAUUUGGUCAAUCCUCCAUAAUAGUGGUGCUUCCUUAUACUAUUCUCUCUCUCUCUCAUACACACACACAGUCACACUUAGAGACUGCUUGCUGAGAAGGGAAAGUUAAGUGUUAGUACUGCUAGGAACAAUAAGUGGGAAGAAGAAGAAUAAGAAGAAACCAAAUAGGAAUGGAAGCCAAAGGUGGAGAAGUGAGACGUUUACACAUUAUUUACUUCCUUAGUCAUAUGGGUCGAGUUGAGCAUCCUCAUCUCGUUCGUGUACACCAUUUCAAUCGUAAUGGUGUCUAUCUGAGAGAUGUUAAGAGAUGGCUUUCAGAUCUGCGAGGAAAGGACAUGCCAGAAGCUUUCACUUGGUCCUACAAGAGGAGGUACAAGACAGGUUAUGUUUGGCAGGACUUGCUAGAUGAUGAUCUUAUCACUCCUAUAUCUGACAAUGAAUAUGUGCUCAAAGGAUCCGAAAUUAUCAAUACCCCAUUUGAAGUUAAAGAUCAUGGUUCACACUCUGAAAAAAAAGCUUCAAUAUUGAAAAAGCAACAGCCUGUUGAAGUUGGAGUCCUAGCUGAAGAACAACACCUGGAGCAACCUUUGACUAAUGAAGAAUAUCAAACACAGCCAGAUUCUAAAGUCAAUACCUCAACAGAGUUCUCUUCUGAAAUCACUGAAGAAUCAACUUGUUUCGGCUCUGAGAGGUCAACGUUAGCCAAUGAUUCACCGAAGCUUGAAGAAGAGAAGCAAGAGCAGAGUGAGAAAUUCGAAACUACUUCUUUUUAUUCAGCUCUGUUGAGUAGGAAGAAUAAAAAGAAGAGCAACAAGAACAAAGAGGAAAAUGCUGGUACACCAGCCUCAGCAUAUUCAUCAUCUUCGUCUUCAAAAUCCUCAUUUACAAAGAGCAAGACCUAUUCAGGUGGAGCUUCUAGCAUGAUUCGCAAUUUUAUUAGGUGUGGUGCUGUGGAUACCAAUGAUGCAGUUUUAAUCAUGAUGAAUCGGGCAAACAGAACAAAGACUUGUGAAGAAGAGAUAUUGGGAGGGCAUGGGACUAAUUGGAAUCAAGAGGAGCAGCAGCAGCAACAACAACAACAAAAACAACAACAUCAAGAACAGCAGAAAGCUAGGGAAAGCUAUGAUGGAGGACAUGGUUCACAGAAGAAGCAUAGUGAAUUUUCUAAACAAAAGGCCGUUAACACUGCUUACAAGCCAGUGGCUGGGCCAAAUUGCUCGCAGUGUGGGAAGUCGUUCAAGCCAGAAAAAAUGCAUGAGCAUAUGAAGUCCUGUAGGGGAAUGAAAGCAUUGGCAAAAACUGCAGCAGUUAACACUGAGAAGGCUCCAUCUGCAGAAUCAAUGACUUCCUCCCAUAGGAAAUCAACAAGUGGCUAUUUUUUGACCAACUAAGUUGUUUUUGAGUUAAUUUCUGUUGAUUUUCCAAAAUUGUGAGGGAAAAGAAAAGGCCUCUUUUUUUUUAGCUAAUGUACAGCAGGUGAUCAGAGUAGAAAUGAAAUAUCCAUCUGUUCAUUUU